AUGACCUGCCAGUCAUUUGAAGCCAGUGAGAGACGAGCAGAUGCCAACACUAGAGCUGUGGAAUCCGAUGAGAGCCACAUCGCUUUAGCUAUGAAGGAAUUAAAAAACACAGGCUGGUACUGGGGCAGUUUGACAGCCAAUGGUGCCAAAGAAAUCCUCCAGGAUGCCACUGAAGGCACAUUCUUGCUCCGGGACAGCUCACAGAGGGAUUAUUUAUUUACCAUCUCUGCUGUAACAUCAGCAGCAUCAACAAAUGGAACAGUGCAGUUGAUCCUCACCAAACCUCUGUACACCUCCACACCAUCACUGCAGCACCUGAGCCGUAUUGCCAUUAACAGGAGAACACAGCAGAUCCAAGCUCUGCCCCUACCCAACCGACUCAAGGACUAUCUUCUGGACUACACCUAUAAUGUGUAG